UGAAAGACAUGGCAGGUCGAGACAGAGUUACCCAGUUGUUGAAGCAGCUGCAACGGGCGUCAUGUCGGUGCCCUGCUCAUUCUCACGGUUAUUCACAAGCUCCAGAACAUGGUGCAACCAGAACAACAGACUAUGCUUUUGAGAUGGCCUGUUCAAAUAUUCGAUAUGGAGAAGGGGUAACAAAUGAAGUUGGUAUGGAUCUUCAGAACAUGAAGGCCAGGAAUGUUUGUGUUAUGACUGACAAGAAUAUAGCCAAACUGCCUCCUGUUAAAGCAGUCCUGGAUUCAUUGGUUAAGAAUGGAGUAAAUUUUAAAGUAUUUGACAAGGUCAGAGUGGAACCAACAGAUGGAAGGUAAGCAAUAACUCAUUUUCCUACCACAGCUGGCACUGGAAGUGAGACCACAGGUGUGGCAAUAUUUGACUAUGAAGCUAUGAAAGUUAAAACAGGUAUUGCCAACAGGGCUCUGAAACCAGUGCUUGGAAUCGUGGACCCUUUGCAUACUCUGCACAUGCCCGAACGCGUGGCUGCUUACAGUGGAUUUGAUGUACUUUGUCAUGCUCUGGAGUCCUACACAGCUCUUCCCUACAACUUGCGAUCACCGUGCCCAUCUAACCCAAUCAAUCGUCCGGCUUAUCAAGGGAGCAACCCUAUCAGUGAUGUGUGGUCCAAGCAUGCCUUAAGAAUUGUGGCAAAGUAUUUGAAACGUGCUGUCAGACACCCUGAUGACUUCAAGGCUAGAUACAACAUGCACCUUGCAAGUGUUUUUGCAGGAAUUGGCUUUGGAAAUGCUGGUGUUCACCUCUGUCAUGGAAUGUCCUAUCCGAUAGCAGGAAUGGUGAAAAACUUUAGAGCCAAGGACUACAAUGUGGAUCACCCUUUGGUGCCCCAUGGCCUCUCGGUGGUUUUGACUUCACCUGCAGUCUUCACUUUCACAGGCUCUGUGUGUCCUGACCGGCACUUGGAAGCAGCUGAGAUACUAGGGACUGAUGUGCAGACUGUGAAACGUGAAGAUGCAGGAUUAGUUCUGGCUGAUGCUCUUCGCAAAUUCCUCUUUGAGUUGAAGGUUGAAGAUGGCCUAACUGCAGUUGGUUACAGCAGAGAAGACAUUCCAGAUCUAGUCAAAGGAACUCUGCCUCAGGAGAGAGUAACAAAACUGUCACCAAGGCCUCAGACAGAGGAAGACCUGACAGCUUUAUUCGAGUCUUCUAUGAAGCUAUAUUAAUCUUGUUCUAUAGAAUAAAGAGCUCAAAACUACAUUAAGAUAAGGGAACCUCACUGAAUACAAAGGAAUGUAAGCAAUCCAUUACUUUUGUCAACCAACUUGUCAAUAUAAGUUUUAAAUAUGUUGCUGAAAAUAUUUCAAGUUAACGACAGUAAUCAGUCAUUACAUUAUAAUUGUGGAACACAGUUUUCCAAGUGAUUAAUUUCAUUAUUAAUUCACUGGCACGUAUUGGUUGCCUAGUACCAUUGCAUGGCCAAUAGAAAGAAAAAUCAGGAAUGAUAGAGUCAUGCAGCACGGAAGCAGGCACUUCGGCCCAGCUUGUCCAUGCCGACCAGUUUUCCUA